AAGUUUGUUCAGUCAUCCAUUGCCAAUAUUCAAAUACACUGCAGAGAGAUUAUGCAGCAAGGAGAGAUUGAACUCUAUAUAUGAAAUAAAAACAGAUGGAGACACAAGGAGUUCUCAACAGUCAAAUUUGUUCAUGGCAAUAUAAGAAUGCUCAUCAUGGAAUACACCAUGCGAAAUGAAAACAAUGGAACAAAAAUAUCUCUUUCCAACAAUUCCUUUCAAACCAAUGUUUCAUCUGUCUCAUGGAAUUCUCUCUCUCUUGGUGAGCUGAUAACUCAGUGUAACAGCAGUGGGAUUAGCCCCAUGCGUGUACCCAUCCAGAUCCUUGUCCUCAUACUUGCUCUUCCAGCAAAUGCAGUCCUGCUCUGGCUGCUGGUAAAGAAAAGAAAGACUCUGUCACCCUCUGAGGUUUUAGGUCUCAACAUGGCUGUGCUCAGUGUGCUGUUUUGCCUCAGCCUACCACUGGAUAUCAAUAUUUCCUCCAUUCAGCAGCGCUCAGGACUAUCCCUGUGCAUUGUAAAUGCCUUUUCUUCCCUUAGUUACUUUGGCUGCCCACUCCUGCUGACCAGUAUGUGCUUGGAGCGCUAUGUGGCUGUGGCACACCCUGUGCUCUUCAUAAGCCUGGGGAAGUGGGAGUAUCGUGCUGCAUGUUCUGCCAUCAUCUGGUUUCUCACCUGUAUCAUGGCAGGAAUCAACUUUGUCUACAGCCUCUCUAGAACAGCUGUUAUCUUAUCCAUCAUUAUUAAUGUGAUGUUUAUAGUCAUGGUGGCCUGUCUGUUAGGCAUUGUGUGGGUGCUGCAUAAAAAGGUCCCAGGUGAAGGGGACCAAAAUAAUUCAGUUGUAAAGAAGCGAGCUCUAAAGAACAUUGUAGCAGUAUUGGUGCCCUCAACUAUAAUCUAUUUUCCACUGCUGGGCCUGGCCCCAUUUCUGCUGAUAAUUCAAACGUGCUCACAAAGCAUAAAUAUGAUUAUCUGUACUGGUCUGUUGAUGUUCAGUAUUAUCCCACAUUUUGGAGUCUGCAUUGGACCCAUGUUCUACAUAGCCCGGCUAAGGCAAAUGCUAUGUGUCAGGAAUAAUGAAUCAAGAGACACAAAACAGACCAUUACAGACCAGAGAAACUAAACUAUUGAAGUCAUGUAUGAUUUAUCUGAAGACAUACGCAGUUCUGUGUAAUUCUUGUUUUUAUUAUAGAUGUUGUUAUAGCAGAAAUGAGAGGAGGACAUGCAGCACUUAUGGGUUCCUGAACUAAAAUGCCAAUGAAAAUAAAGCUGAUAUAUACGACAAACAUUUUACUGUAGAAUAAGCAACAUGUACUGAAUAAACUAUAGCAUCAGUAAAGCUAUGAGAGAGUGGAAAAUCAUGUUCUACAAUGAGUGAGAAUAAAUUUUCCAACAUCACUAUAAAGCUUAACAGUGU